CUGACAGAGCGCCGCUUUCCGGCUCGCAAAUACGGAAGCAGCAUGGCGUCAAACACCGACAUCUCCGAGCGCCAAAGAAGUGCACGGCAAAGACUGAGAAUUAUAGCCGGCCAUUUGCAGAAAGGCGAGGGAAAUGGACACAUGGCGUUAUCCACGCAAGAGUGUAAAGCCGAGACGCCCAGGUCCAACGCUGCUAAAGUGACUGCGGUGCCGAAAAGAAGGCAAGAAACGAUGAAGUGGAAUGGCUGGGGUUACAGUGAUUCCCGUUUUUUUUUUAACAAGAAGGGCCAGGCAGAGUUUACAGGCAGAAGGUAUCGACUAAGUGGUUUGAUUAUCCCCAGUCUAAGGGACUGGAUGGAAAGUACAUUUGGUGCCAACCUACAACAUAAAAGCCCAGCUACAGCAACUUUGAACAUGAGUGCGGUCCCACCCCCGAACCUGAACGAGCUGUUUGUGGAGGAGGUAAAGGCUGCCGGUGUGGCCCUGUCAUCUGACCCAGAGGACAGAGUGUUUCGCUCUCAUGGUCACUGUCUUCAUGAGAUCUAUGCACUGAGGGAGGGGAGAAUUGGAAGAAUACCAGACCUAGUGGUGUGGCCAAGCUGUCACGAUGAUGUAGUGAAGAUUGUGGAGCUGGCCUGCAAGCACAACGUGUGUUUGAUACCAUACGGAGGUGGUACAAGUGUGUCCAGCGCUCUAGAGUGCCCCCCUGAGGAAAUGCGAUCAAUUGUCUCUCUAGACACUUCUCAAAUGAACCGAAUAUUAUGGAUUGAUGAGAAGAACCUAACGGCCCAUAUCGAGGCUGGCAUCAUUGGCCAGGACCUGGAAAGGCAGUUGAAUGAGAGUGGCUAUUGCACUGGACAUGAGCCUGACUCAAUGGAGUUUAGUUCUCUUGGAGGCUGGGUGGCUACACGUGCGUCAGGAAUGAAGAAAAAUAUCUACGGCAACAUCGAAGACCUGGUAGUGCAUAUAAAGAUGGUGACCCCUAGAGGUGUGAUUGAGAAGAGCUGCCAGGGUCCACGAAUGUCCACUGGGCCAGACAUCCACCAUUUCAUCCUGGGCUCUGAAGGCACAUUGGGCGUGGUCACAGAAGUUACGAUGAAGAUCCGCCCAGUCCCUGAGUAUCAGAAAUACGGCUCUAUCGUCUUCCCAAACUUCCAGCAGGGUGUGGCCUGUCUGCGAGAGGUGGCUAAACAGAGAUGUGCACCAGCGUCUAUUCGACUGAUGGACAACGAGCAGUUCCAGUUUGGUCAUGCUCUUAAGCCUCAAGUAUCCUCCAUCUUCACAUCGUUUUUGGAUGGGCUGAAAAAAUUUUAUAUCACAAAGUUUAAAGGCUUUGAUCCCCAUCACCUGUGUGUGGCCACUCUGCUGUUCGAAGGAGAUCGGGAGAAGGUGUUGCAGCAUGAGAAACAGGUUUAUGACAUCGCCGCCAAAUUUGGGGGCCUGGCAGCAGGAGAAGAUAACGGACAGAGAGGAUACAUGCUUACCUUCGUCAUUGCUUACCUGCGGGAUUUGGGGAUGGAUUAUUAUGUGAUCGGCGAGUCGUUUGAGACGUCAGUGCCUUGGGAUCGAGUUUUGGAUCUGUGUAGAAAUGUAAAGGAAAGGAUAUCGAGAGAGUGUAAAGAGAGGGGAGUGCAGUUUCCUCCACUGUCUACAUGCAGGGUAACACAGACCUAUGAUGCUGGUGCCUGUGUGUAUUUCUACUUUGCCUACAACUAUAGAGGUCUCAGUGAUCCAAUACAUGUCUAUGAACAAGUGGAGCACGCAGCCCGAGAGGAAAUCCUAGCCAAUGGGGGAAGCCUGAGUCACCAUCACGGAGUGGGCAAGCUGCGGAAGGAGUGGAUGAGGGAGACUGUCUCCAGUGUGGGUCUGGGCAUGCUCAGGUCCGUUAAGGAAUAUGUGGACCCCAACAACAUAUUUGGCAACAGAAACCUUCUGUAACACCGCUUUGAAAAACCGCUUUUUUUUUUUUUUUUUUUUUUUAAUCAUAUAGUCCUACUGAAAUUAAAGCAUAAUACAUGCUAAUUUCUCUGUAUGCAAAACAAGCAUUGGUUUAUUUUCAGGUUUGAUCGAUAUCUAAUUUUAUUCCAAUACCAUACCCCAAACCUUGGCACAAGACUAAACACCUUCCGCCUACUCUCUUCUCCCACCUCCUUUAUACAGCUGUGAGGAAAGUGAAAGUUCAGACAUGAUGUCUGACGAGUCCAAUUCUUUUUAUUGCAAUUUUUUCAGCUGCAUAAAUCCAUUAACUGCCAAUGAGAAAUUACCUUUCUCACAAAGUUUAGGUCAAUUGACAAUGUAACACUGAUUAUAUAAGGAUAACAUUUGUUUACCCACUUCCCUGUUGAACACAUUUUUCAUUUUUUGCUGGUUUUGCCAACUUUGGCUCGUUCUGACUUUUGAUAUAUUAAAUGAAAGUAUGUUUCUGUGUAGUUUAUGUGACACUACUUUAGUGUUGACUACAUUGUGCUUUUAAAAGCAGUGUGCCUUCUCUUUCUGUCUCUGUGUGGGUGUUGGCCUUGCCUUCCUUUACCUCACUCCUUUUUCUUUUUCUUUUUUUAAAGAAUGACUCCGUUUAAACGUCUGCUGUCUCUUCACACAGCUUCUUUGUAUCUCCACAGUUCCGUACAUCUCCCCGUUGCCUUUUCUAACAGUCUGUUUCAACUUUUUGCCAGGGUCUUUGUGUGUGCACUUGGAUGUUUUAUCUACAAUCCCUUCCAAUAUAUUGAAAUGUUUGUGUAGGUGUCUCCAUUCAGUGUGAACUGUAGGAAAGCCAUGUCCAUCAUAGGAGUUCCACCCUGCUUCUGCAGGCUAAGAGAACUUGCUCUAGCAUGGAGAAUUCUUUUUUCUCUGCACAGUAAGCUUUAUCAUGGUGUCCUUGGAGAGAUUGGGUUAGUUUGGUUUGUUAAUGUUUAGUUGCGAGACCCCUGUCCUCCUACCAAAGACUUUGAACCUUUCAGUCGUUUGGCUAUAUGCAUUCAUAUACCUGUAAAUUAUAAAUAUAUACAGUAUAUAUCACUUGCAUAUAUUUGUUUGUAAAGAUCAUCUAAGAGUCACCAUGAUUAUUUGUAAUUUCUAUGUCUCAUUUUCAACACAACAUAUGCAAAUAUUUAGAAAUUAUGUGUAAAUAAUAGGGAUUUGAUCACUUCAUCUAGUAAUAAUUUGUCCAAGCUCACAAAGAAUCCUGGCUAUGGAUGUUCCAUAAACUUGUGGAUUUUCUGCUCCUGUCUGAAAAGUUGCUGGUCUGAAUGCAUCAAGAUUUCCUGAUGUCCAUAAGGGUCAUGUCUUGCGUGCUUGUUACUGAUGAGUUACUUGCAAGUUACUUAUAAUUUGCCCAAUCAAAAUCUAUUUCUGAUUUUAUUUUAUUUUUUUCUGAUAUUUACUGAUCUGGCAUUUGCGCUCUCUUUCUUAGCCUGUCUGACUCUUAAAGGAAAACUCCAGUGUUUUUUCAACCUAAUGUCCAUUUCCUAAUUGUGCAAAAAUUUACACAAACAAGGAUUUCAACACAGAUUUACUCGAAACUCACUUUUGGAGGUCUAAGGGCAGCUAUUUUAAUUAUGGAAGUCCAUCCAUGAACUAAACAUGAAUUUGCUGUACUUCUUUUUCAAAACUUGCACUUUACAGAAUGUUUCAUGGCGCUCAUACAAUUAAACUUAGACUGUUAUGUAGGUGAUAUUUUCCUUGUCAUCUCUGAAACAAAAAUUAAACCAAUUUGGAACAUGUGACUGAAUGUUUUAAUAAUUAUUCUGGCUUUUGACUGAAUAUUUUACAAUAAAUAAAGUAAAAGGAGUAAAAGUAUUUGAUCCAAUACCGAUAUCUUUGUAGUAAAUGACGUGACAAGUCAUCAAAUCGUGCAGUCAUCUGCAAGACAUCAUUGGUGCGAUUGUGACAUGCGUGGAGUUUGGAGUUAGCAGUAGUACAUUUCUCCAUGUUAUGUUUGCCCUUAUUCGUCUAGUAUGAGUGAGAUUGGAGUAAUAAGGUAUUCACUUCUGCUCAGAUUGCAGGGAAAGAUUUCAGACUUGUCUGUGGUAAUCACAUGUACUCAACAAUUAUAAAUGACAGACAUUUAGAUUGAAAAAAAAGUGUGAGUAUUCCUUCAAGCUAAACCUAAGCCUUCCUAGUAUACUGCAGUAUGGUGCUAGAGUCAAAUGGAAAGUUAUGAUGUCAGAUUCCUUGUUUUUCAUCAUUAUUAUUAUUAUUAUUAUUAUUGUAUCGUCUAUUAUACAAUUAACUGGUCCAACCAGCUUUCCUUUGAUGAUUUCUAUGCAUCAUUUUCCCUUAAGGUGUUAGUCUCUCAUGUCUUGCUCCAUAAAUACAGUUAGGUAGAAGCUGUUGUAAAUACUUAAACAAAUCUGGCUUUUCUCUGUGAAAUAUGGAAUGAAGGAAAUGUUGGGGCUUAUCUGCCCUAUAUAUACAUUUUCUGAACAUUCAUAGCAGAUUUAUCCUGCCAUUUCGCAACCUGCAAAUGUCCUGACUGCUCCUUUGGUCAUUCUCUAGUUACCUAGGUAACAUGUUUAACCAUUGCAUUCAUUUUGUCAGUGCUGUUUGUGCAAUAAAUUAACAUUUAAACCA